AAUAUGCAGGUCGGUAGUCUUUUCUAGGGCACGAAUCAACUCUCUCUCUCUCUCUUCCCGCCCAAAAGCCUCUCGCACUUCACUCGCACCGUCUUCGUCUCCUGGAACUUAAGCUGAAUGUGACCUCCAAAUUCAGCCAUUUGCACUGAUUUCUCGAUCGAGCUCAGCUGUUCCUUCUCUCUCUCUCUCGGCCUCAAACUCCGUCUCUAGUCAUGGCCCCGUUGAUCCAGUUGAAGGACGAGGUCGAAGGAGAGCACGUGGAGACCUCCGAUUUCUUCUUCGACCGAAUCGGCGAGCCGGUCCCGGUCAAGCCCGCGAAGGGCGGGGACGGCGAUUCCAAGCUAUACGACCCGGGCUGCGUCCCAUCCCAGCCGCUCGCCAUCUCCGAGCAGCUCCAGCUCGUCUUCGUGGCCCACUCCUCCGGAUUUUGUGUUGCGAGGACCAGGGAUGUGAUGGAGUCGGCGAAGAAGAUUAAGGAGAAGGGAGGUGGAUCUUCCUUGCUGGAACUGAGCGUAGUAGACGUACCCGUGGGGACAGUUCGCUCGCUCUCGCUUUCUCCUGAUUCUUCGACGCUUGCAGCUUCUGUCGGCGGAACUGUUAACUUCUUCUCGGUUACUUCGCUUCUCAAUGAGGAGCAAGUACCUUCUUUUGCCUGCUCGAUAGAAGAAGGAAGUUCUGUAAAGGACCUGAGGUGGCUAAAGAAGAGACAAAAUUCAUACAUUCUUCUGACAAGUCGCGGGAAACUGUAUCUUGGGAGCAUUGAUGGACCUUUAAAGUCUUUAAUGGAUAAUGUUGAUGCAGUGGACUGCAGUGCAAAAGAUGAUUAUAUUGCUGUGGCAAGGAAUAACAGCCUAAGCAUUCUUUCAUCCAAAUUAAAUGAGAAGUUGAUCAUCGCAUUGUCACUCCAACCAUGGACAGGAGAGUCCGAUGACUUUAGUGUGAAAGUGGAUUCUCUCAAGUGGGUUCGUCCCGAUUGCAUCGUUCUAGGAUGCUUUCAACUUACCUCAGACGGCAUGGAAGAAGGUUAUCUUUUGCAAGUAAUCAGUACCAGAGACGGCAAGUAUUUUCAUGCUUCUUCUGAGGUGAUACUGCAGUCCUUUUGUGAUGUUUUCCCUGGAAUUGUUGAUGAUAUUAUACCCGCAGGAUGUGAGCCACUUCUGUUCUUUAGCUAUUUGGAACAAUGCAAGCUUGCGGUCGCAGCUAACCGAAAAAAUGUGGACCAGCACAUUAUCCUAUUCAGUUGGUCACUUGGUGAGGAGAUGAAUGAAGCAGUACUUGUUGAUAUUGAUCGAGAUAACUGGCUUCCAAGAAUUGAGCUUCAAGAAAAUGGUGACGACAAUGUAAUCCUGGGGCUUUGCAUUGACAAAGUGUCCAUGCAUGAGAAAGUCAAAGUUCAACUUGGAGUUGAGGAGCAAAAGGACCUUUCCCCAUUUUGCAUCCUUUUUUGCCUUUCUCUAGAAGGAAAGCUCAUUAUGUUCAAUGUUGCCUGUGUUACAGAACAAACUGAUUUUCCUGACACUGGCUGGCCGUCUGACGUGGAAGAGGAUAUUUCGGGAGUUGAAGUGCAAGAAGAAGUCAGUUCCACUAUUUCUUCAGGUUUGGGAGAGGUGAUUUCACAACAGGUUCCUACAGGCCAUCAAAUUCAUGACACCAACACAAUAGGAUACAACUUACCAAAAGAUCGUGAGAUUGCUGUUAAAGCUGACACAGAGUCUUCUGAGUCUGCAACGGCCAGACUAACAACUAAUCAAACAGAGAGGAAAGAAGCUGUAACAGGAAAAUGUAAUCUAAAUUCAUUUGCACUUCCACAAGGAUCUAAUGUAAUGCAAAAGGCUCCGGAUGAAAAGCAUUUAGUUGGCGCAGUUUCUGCUCAGUCUCUCUUUCCAAGGCCCCAAAGCACAUUUCUUGACCAGUCGACAUUGAAGUUACCACUGCCUCAGGAAAUACAGAACAUCACAGAAAGCAAAGAAGAUUCUAAACAGAUUGUAGGGGUUGGAUCUAGUCCUUCAUUUGUGGAAAAAUGUAGAGUUAAUUCCACUAGUAAUUCUCAAGUGAUGCAAAAUGAUGUUCAGGCUGGUCAGAAAGUGGCAGCUGAAACAGCUUCACAUGGUUUUCAGAUAUUUCCAUCUCAGACAUGGCUGAGUGGGAAAGUCACAUCUUCAGAGAGGUUUGAAUCAAGGUCUGCAUUCACUUCAAAUCAAUUUGAAGGCAACAAGUUUCAGACUGCCUUUGGUGUAGCUUCUGCCAAUGUUCCAAGUACCCUUUUUGGAAAUCCCAUACCCAAAGAAGGCGCUGCCCCACCUGCUGCAGUCAACCUAUCUGGUCUUACAGUCAAAGGUGGAGGACAGAGAGCUUUGAAGGAGGUUGGGAUUAUGGAACCAUUGCCUUCUAUUCGUAGCUCGCAGUUGCUACAGGAAAACUCUGCUUCGGGUUUACCAUCUAGCCAUCAUUUGUAUCCCUCCACGGAGAACAUAAAAAGUCUGCCUCAGACUGGGAUGUCUAAGAAGGAUCCAAUCACAUCAAAACAAUCUGGCAAUAUCAAGGAGAUGGUCAAUGAACUGGACACACUUUUGGACUGUAUAGUGCGGAAGGGUGGCUUUAAGGAUGCAUGUACCAUCUCAUUGAAAGGUCCAGUUGAAGAGAUAGAAGAGAGAAUCGGGAAUCUUUCUAGCCAAUGCAUGAUGUGGAAGAGUAUAGUGGAUGAACGACUUGAAGAAGUUCAAAGCCUGCUUGACAACACCGUACAAGCUUUGGCAAGGAAAAUGUAUUUGGAAGGAAUUGUUAAACAAGCCAAGGAUGAUCAAUAUUGGGAACUUUGGAAUCGGCAGAAGUUGAGUACAGAACUGGAGAUGAAGCGGCAACAUAUGUUGAAAUUAAACCAGGAUCUGACUAAUGAGUUGAUUAAAUUAGAAAGGCACUUCAAUACCCUGGAACUUAACAAAUUCGGUGACAUGAGUGAAGCUCAUGGAGGUCGAAGAGCUGUCCAAAAUAAAUACGAGCCUGCCAGAUCGAUUCAAUCCCUAAAAAGUUUAUAUAACACGACGACAUCUCAAAUAACGGCUGCCGAGCAACUUUCUGACUGUCUCUCUAGACAAAUGUCAGUGUUGAGUAUUGAGUCGCCUCCAGUUAAGCAGAACGUUAAAAAAGAAUUGUUCGAUGAAAUUGGAAUUUCCUAUGAUGCCUCUUUCUGCUCCCCUGAUGUGACGAAAGUUUAUAAAAGUACUGGAGAUAAAAAGAUCGCGCUUUCAAAUACCAUUGCUACGAAAGGCCAUUCUGGAAGAAGCCAGACUAGUGUUCUGAAGCCUUGUGAACCCGAAACUGCCCGGAGACGGAGAGACUCUCUGGAUCAGAGCUGGGCAAGUUAUGAGCCUUCAAAGACAACAGUUAAAAGGAUUCUCCCACGUGAAUACCAGAAGGAUAGCACAAAGUCGUCUUUGUUGAUGGAUGAGCCAUAUUUUAGCUCUUCUGAGAGAUUGGCAGUUGCUAAGUCAAAUCACACUACCCCGUCUACCUACACACGUCGAGCAAGAGUUAAUGCCAUGCAUGGGAAGAGCCCAUCUAGUCCUUUCAGGCAGGUUGAUGGAACUUCAGGAUCGAUGGUUCCAGUGGCACAAGGAGGCAGUAUCUUUAGUUACUCCUUGUCUGCAUCCCAAGCAUCACUUAUUGAUGGACAAGCCAAAACGAGGAGUGUGAGUAGCAGUAAAAACAAUCUUGCUGCAGAAAAGUAUACUGGGGAGACUAUUGUUGAUAAUUCAAAAUCAGUUUUCGGUAAUCAGAUCAAGCCCACAGUGGUAGGAGACACCAAUAUUCAUCAGACGCCAGCUAUCUCCAAAACAUCACCCAUGCAGACUCUUGAAAAUUCUAGUGAGACUUUUAGUUUGAGUGCUAAAGAGACUGUUCUUGCUGAGCUGACAAGUGGAAAUGGGAAGCAUGGAUCCCAAGUAACUGAAAGCUCUCUCUUUGGAUCCCGAAGGAGUGAGGACGCACUGCUGGCUGCCACCCAUAGUGCUCCUCUGGCCAAUUCUCAUCCUGAAAAAAUUCCACAUGAACACCCGGUAAUAGGCAAAAGCUUUCCUGGCGGAUCACUAUCAUUUUCAACACCAUUUAAAUCAAUGUCAUCUCCAUUAGAGUCCCUGGCCAAUUCAUCUUCCAUUCAGCCUUCUACAUUGUCUAAUGUUUCUUCAAUCAAAGGGAGUUCAUUAGCUGACGUGUCAUCAGGUGGAUCUUGGAUCACUAGCAGAGCAACAACAGAUGUUAAUAAGGCACUUCCAUUAAACUUCUCAUCAUCUUGCUCAGUCACUUCUCCUCCUCCCCCUUCUUCCUUCACCUCCACCACUACGUCUUCUUCUGUCCAGGCUUCUAAAAAUUCGGUGCCUCAGCUUGCUUCCUCACUACCCCUGGAAUUAAGGCUGGAAAACCAAAAGCCAGAGAUACAACAGGAUUUGCCCAAAGUCAGUUUUGGUGCACCUCUUCUGUUUGAGAGUUUUACUGGUGGAUCUGCUCUAAAAAUAGAAGCUUCAGUCUCAUCUGCUCCCAGUGAACUUUCUUCUGGACCGGUAUCUGGAGUUCAGGGUGUGACUAACCAGCAAGGUAGUCCUCAAUCAACCGAAACACCGAAUGCUCCUCCAGAGCAGCCAUCUGCUGGAAAGUUUUCAUUUCCAACUCCAUUUUCAACCUCUCUGAUUGACACAAUUCAAAAGACUGAAAGUCUGGAUGCUACUGCUACACAGGAGGAUGAGAUGGAGGAAGUGGCUCCUGAGAUUAAUGAAAAACCUGAUCUUGGUCUGGGAAGUCUCAAUGCAUUUGGCCUUGGAUCUACUCCCAAUUCGACCACAGCUGAGGGAAGCCCGUUUGGUGUUUCUUUCGGUAGUGCAGCAACAACCCCAACGAGCUCUCCAUUUGCUAUGGCAGCACCUAGUGGAGAGCUAUUUCGCCCUGCUUCUUUCACUUUCCAAACUCCACAAUCUUCACAGCCAUCACAACCACCAAAUGUGAGUGCAUUCUCUGGAGGCUUUGCUACUCCAACAAAUGCUCAAGUUCCCACUCAGAGUGGAUUUGGUCAGCCAUCACAGAUUGGACCUGGUCAACCCGCUCUUGGAUCAGUUCUUGGCACUUUUGGACAGUCAAGACAGAUUGGCUCAGGUUUUGGAGGUGCUGGCUUUGCAUCUUCUAGCAGUUUUGGUGGCGGUUUUGGUGCUGCUAGUUCAACUGGUGGUUUUUCCUCCUCUGCCACUGCAGGUGGGUUUGCGGGGGUUGGUUCUAUUGGUGGUGGGUUUGCUGCUUUGGCAUCUUCUGCCGGCGGUUUUGGUGGUAUGGCUUCAGGCGGUGGUGGAUUUGCUGGUGCACCCUCAGCUGGAGGUGGAUUUGGAGGAUUUGCUGCAGCUGCUUCAUCUGGUGCUGGAUUUGCAGGAGCUGCUCCUGGGGGAGGAUUUUCGACUGGAGCUGGUUUUGGGGCUUUCGGCAACCAACAAGGUACAGGUGGCUUCUCCACUUUUGGUGGUGGAAACACAAAACCACCUGAGCUGUUCACACAGAUGAGAAAAUAGUUUUAGCAGAACUUGAGGGAACCUCAGAAUGAUACAAUUACAUAGGUUAGCAAAGUCAACUAAUUAUCUAGAGGCAGUACCUUUUCUUUUCAUCCUGGUGCCACCAGCCUAAUUCUCAUGUACCAUCAUGACAGAAUGACGGUCUGCAUAUUUUUUGGCUGUAGCUUGCAGUUGUUGUAAGUUUUUUCCUGCAUAGCGGAAACAAAGCUUUGUAGG